AUGGCUACCGACGUGAGAAUCGCCCAAGCAAUUGGGACUAUUGGCUGUGCAGCGGCAGCCGGCGGUAUUGCUACACUAUCAAUCGUCAGCAUCCCAACUCUCAUCCUCCCAAGCCGUCGCCCAUCGAGCGCAACACUGCCAGCCGAGGACAUCCCAGGAACCCCGACCACUCACCUCACACACCAGUGGCUCUAUCUCUACACUCGCGGCAGUAAGCUUUACCCCGGGAUCUCGGCGGUUUCCUCGCUCGCAAAUAUGUAUGCGCUCUGGGCAUUGCGGGAUUCCCCCACCCCUGGCCCAGAUGUCUUGGGCGGUAGCUGGUCGGCAUGUUAUCUGCUCGCCGUGGGUGUCACAAUGGGCAUCGCGCCUUUCACACUUACGGUUAUGAAGAGGGUGAAUGGCAAGCUGAAGGCUCAUGCGAAGCGUGACGAUGCUGCCCUUGCGGAGGGGACUAAGGGAAUGGUGGUCAGUGAACAGGAGAAGGCAAAGCGGGCGAGGGAGGAUAGCGAGGUUCCUGCGCUUUUGGAGCACUGGUCGAAGCUGAACUUAAUUAGAGCUUCGUUCCCCCUUGCUGGGGCUGUCAUUGGAUUCUAUGCUGCUGUCAACAGCUGGGUACUUCCUUGA